AUGCUCCUCUACUACAACAAGAGUUUCUUCUGGCUGCUCCUUGAGAGACGGGGCAGUGUCUUCUACAGAUGGGACUCCUUGCUGGGCGGCGUCCUCAUCGCCGGCUUCGGUGGACUGGUUCAGUACCUGCGCGACAGUUGCGACUCCACUCAACCCCCUUCGUGGACUUGCGACAUAGCGCCGGAGAUUCAACAUCACUACGGCUUCCAAGCUCUAGGAGCGGGAGUCACUUUCGCCAUCGUCUUCCGGACGCAGCUGGCGUGGAACCGGUACUGGGAGGCCGUCACACAACUUCACUUCAUGUACAGCAAGUGGGCUGAUGCUUUCUCCCAGUUUCAGGCCUUCGCGGAGGUCACGCGCCGGGCGGCGAAGGAGAAAGGCGACCCGAAGAAGGAAGAGCGCAUAAGGCAGAAGCAGCGCAGGCUCAAGGUGAACUACGCGCUGCUUUCCACCGUGGCCGCUGAUCGCCUCACAAGCGGCGACAACCAGCGGAUGGAAGAGGUGAAUACGCAUCGAAUCCAUACACGCGGCACGAUGAGGAUAGCGAAGGAGGCAGCGGGCUUCCAAGCGCCGACCAUGAUCCCGCGGCAGGAGUUCGACCGAUCUUCCUUAGAAGACUCUGGCUAUGUCGUCUUUGAGACGCCCUCGAAGGAGCAGUUGCAGCUGCUACACAAGUCCAAUGACACGGUGUCAACCGUGAUGUACUGGAUCAUUUGGGAUUUGGCGGAUGCAAUGAAGGACAUCGACAUCGCUCCCCCCAUCCAGUCGCGCAUGUACCAGGAACUCUCCAAUGGCAUGCUCGGCUUCAACAACUGCCUGAAGAUUGCGGACGUCCCUUUCCCUUUGCCGUUCGCUCAACUCCUCGGUCUGUUGCUGAUGGCCUUUUCCCUGCUGAUUCCCAUCUACGUCAUCGUGUUUACGGGCUCCUAUGUGGUCGGUCCGAUACUUUGCUUCUUCCUCUUUGAGAGCCUCUGGUGUCUCAAUGAGGUCGCCAAAGAGCUAGAAAACCCCUUCGGCCAGGAUACGAACGACAUAUCCUUGACCGACUUCCACAUGCGUUUCGUGGACGCGCUGGACGAUGUGAGCUUGUCUGAGCAGCAGGCAAUGCUGCGGCAGAACUUCUUCGGCGCGGACGAAGGACUACCGGCACAACUGCCAAUGGAUCCCGCUGCCCAUGGGGUGGAACUCCUGCCCGCGAAGGAGGUGGGCAUGCGGAUCUGA